AUGGAGAAUGAGCGUGAUCCGCUCGUUCGUGAGGAAGCAUCGUCCGCGACGGUGACCACUAGCAAAACGAAGUUCCGCAUGUUGCUGUUGUCGCUGAUCGCCAUGUCCGCAUCCGUCCUUGCGGCCCUCUUUCUGGAGUACCCGCACGGCCGAGAGACCUCUGUAUCUCUCAGUCGCGAGUCGUCCAGCACAGUGGCAGUGAACCGCUCGAUCGGCUGCUCAAACCAGGAGAGCAUUUUCCUGCUACGGACUUGGACUGCUACCAGCGAAAGCCACUGUAUCGAGCUUUGCAAGAAGCAGGCUGGCUGCACGAGCAUGAACUACCAGCAAGCAGCAUGCGCGGAUAAUGGAAGGCAUGCUUGCUACCUGUACACCGGAGAGUGCAAUACAGUGAAGGACACCUGCUUCAACUGGGCGGAGAUUCCCCUCGAUCAGCGCACGCCCGCCACAUGGAGGCUACUUGGACCAAAACUUGGCUGCGGCAGCUGGGAAGAUAUCAAGCUCGAGCCGGUUUCCCACGCCAGAAACGCUGAAGAAUGCAACGCCAGGUGCGCCAGUUUACCUGGUUGCAAGUAUGGGCAUUUCCAGUUUAGGUCUGGCCCUGUGGGCCGUUUGACCGCAUUCAAGAACGCUUGCUACCUCCUCGGGGACGGGUGUACGUUGGGAGUCAACCCGUAUUGGAACCUCUACCUCAUGGGCAACCAUGCGCCCCCGAACAUGCCUGAGUUUUACCACUUUCACUUUAUGAUGUAUCAGCCAUGUCCGUCCUACCCUGCGCACGAACUUGGCCUUUGCGAAUCCAGGUACGGCGACUAUCUCCCAACCGUGGAGCCGAUUCCGCAGCUUGCCAGGGACCUCAUCGAGUCUGUUCCGGAUCAGGCAGAAAAUAAUUGGGAAGACAUGGAACAUGCUAUGACGUCAGCAGAGGAGUCAUUCAGCCUUCCGUCUGCGGCCUUACAGUUCUCCGAUUACGCCAGCUUCCCCAACCAAGAGCAGGUCCGUGGCAGGUCCACUUGGGGCAGCGAAAAUUUUCAGAAGAUGCAGUUUGAUUCGAGCGGCUGGGCAGUGGAGGGCGGCCUCGGAGAUGUUGACUCCGACCGCUACUGGUGUAUGGAUCAGGAUGAGCGCACUUCGUCCGCGUCCUUUCCACAGACGCGAGAAGAUCAUGCAUACGAGUUCGUCGGCUCGGAGCAGUUGGCAGGCGAGGAGCAACUCCACUUUAUCUUAAAAUAUCCUGUAGAAAACGAGCCCGCUAAGUUCCAGGACGUGCACUAUUGGGAGAACAAGAGAACCACCAUACCGUUUGCGAUCUUGAUGCCCAAUGGGACGCUGAAUAUGUUCGACCUCAAGACGUCGAAGAUACUGGAUGAGGACACUGCCGCGGUGAUGGAGGCCGAUUGUGAGACAAAGUUAGGGGAUUCGAUUGAGGAAUCGUGCCAGCCUUGCGGCCUGCGCGCUGUUACGGAAAGCAAGUUCGUGCGCGCUAUCACGGAUUCCAGUAUCGUGCCCUGGAUGGCAUCCAAGUGGAGGGACUUGGAGCGAGCACAAAUUGACUUCUACAUGGCCUGUGCGGCUACUGACACGCCCGAACUAUUAGACGAGGAGGACGUCGCCCAGAUUGCCCGUGCCGCCAGCGGACCGCCCUCGCGUGUGCAGAGGUUCGCCGCCUACCUGCAGCGCUCCGACUUGGUGUCGGGAAUGCCGGACGCGUGUCGUAGCAACUGCCCAGAGCUUGUGGAUCAGAUGGUGGACCUCGCGACGGGCGACCCGGGGCUGUCGUGCGACGACGGGUCUGCGCGCGACGACGCCCUCGAGUUGCUGGGCUGCUGGUUCGACCCGGCGGCGCCCUCAGGGAGGGACCGCGCGAAGCUCCAGGGAGUUUGCACGCAGAGCAAGCUUGGAUCCAUCAUCCUGGCUUACGUCAACUGCACCACGCAGCCUGAUCUUGGAGACGCCAGAAGAUUGCUGCAAGCGGGUCUCGGAGGCUCUAUUUCGAAGGAUGCCAUCCGCGCGACGAGCCCGUCAACGAUCAGCCUCAGCCAGCGUCAUGAGUUGGUCGAUGUGAACUUGAACGGUGGCGACGACGACGACGACGGCGAGGAUGUAACAAUCUCCUCUGGCAGUAUCAGGAGACUGGCGCCCAAGAAUCCGUUCCAAUGCUCGAUGGUCAUCAACCCGCUUCCCCUACCUGGACCGGCGUGCCCGAAUGGCGGCUUGGAGAAGUAUGGCCAAUGCUGGUAUUUGAGUAAGAGGGGGACGAAUUGCCGCGAAACUUGCCUCCUAGAACAACUAGUAUUCCAUUGGUUUGUCGUCAACAGUUCGCGUGGUUAG